AGAGAGAGAGGCAAGGAAAGGGGGAAGGAGGAGGAGGCGGCGGCAGGGGAGGUGAAAGAUGUUUGACAGCCUGCUCAACUCCAAGUUCCACAACAAAUGCAAGCACGCGAUCAAAUGCACUCGGACCCGGCUGGAUCUGGUGCGGCGGAAGAAGCAGGCCAUGGUCAAGUUCCUCAGGAAGGACGUCGCCGACCUCAUCACCAACGGCCUUGAGUCGCACGCCUUCGGACGGAUGGAAGAACUGAUUGUGGAGAUGAACCAGGCGUCAAACUACGAUGUCAUCGAGCAGUAUUGCGAGUACAUAGCCAAGCAGCUCAACAUCCUGCAGAAACAGAGUGAAUGCCCUCACGAAGCCUUGGAACCUGUAUCAACUCUGAUUUUCGCUGCUGCUAGAUACCCUGACUUGCCUGAACUGUGUGACCUCCGACAUGUAUUCACAGAGAGAUAUGGGGCUUCCAUUGAACCUUUUGUUAGCUCUGAGUUUGUUCAGAAGCUUCAGAACAAGUCAUUUACUAAAGAGGAGAAGUUGCUAGUGAUGCAAGACAUUAUUGAAGAAUUUGCACUCCCAUUUAAUAUCAAGGAAAUUGAACGGAAGAUAUCUGGUGUACCUCAAAAUAAAAAGGAUCUUCUGAAGAAGGGUUCAUUUAACGGUGUAGAGGUUGAAGCAUCAGGGCGCAAUGGACACAAGGUUGAUAAGCAUGCUGUGCUUGAAAGGAAAUCUAAAUCCAUACCUGAAGGGCGUGACCGCAGGCAGGAAGUUCAGAUAAAGCCAAAAGAUAUUCAUGUUGUUCCUGAUUGCGUUGGUCAAGUUGGCGAGAGAAGCAGGAAGAACUAUUCAGAUAAACCUACUGAGAAGAAGCAUAUGGAUAAUGAUGUCCUUCCUUUGGACAUGAAGCGAAGGAAUGGUCCAACAGAGGUCAAGAAAGAUGAGAAAAAGGGUGGUCAAUCUUGGAGGGAACUGAUGAAUGCACAGGAGUUGGAUCUUAACGGCUCAAAGAAACAGGAGGUUGCUGCGGCAAAACCUCUUCAGAGAGAAAUCAAGAAGAUAGUUCCUCCAUACACAGAACUAAAGGACACUGAGAAGAAAAAUGGCUACCAUCGGGCCCACAUGGCUGGUGGCACUGAUCAUAAUUGGGGACAUGCUGACUUGGGGCUUAAAACCCUGGGCCUGGAAAAGCAAGGAACUGAGUCAGCUAGCACGUUGAACGGUAACACAGCAAACAAAGUUCCUCCUUAUUCUAAGCCAUACAGAGGAAUGAGUGAGAAGCCUGCUGAAGACGAUAAUAUUGGUUUGUAUAAUCAAACACGGCAUAUAGGAGAGUUUGGACAGUCUGUGCAAGAUAAGCAGCAAAUGCCAGAGAAGAAGGCAGUUAAUAUGCGACCUCCCUAUGUUAAGCCCAACACUAACAUGAAAUCUGCGCAUGAAAAUCCGACAAAUGAAACUGCUAAUGGGUACAAGCAUAAUGGUUCAGAAGCGACAGGUCACCGGAGAGAUGGUCUGGCUGCUGAUGAUGCACCUCGGCCUGUCUCAGUUAGAAGGAGAAGUACCAAGCCACCUGUACAUGGUUCUCCAUACAAUGAAGUGGGUAGCGAUGAAAAGAUUGCAAACCAAACACCUGGUGGCCGAACAAGACGCUCAGCGUAUGAUGAAGCAAUGAAUGAUGAAAAUAUGGCAAACCAAACACCUGGUGGCCGAACAAGACGCUCAGCGUACGAUGAAGUGACUAAUGAUGAAAAUGCGGCAAACCAAACACAUGGUGGCCGAACAAGACGCUCAAGCAACAGGAAUGGUCCUGGUGAUGACUACGAACGACGAAAACACUCAAGCAGGCAGAAUGGGUCAGCAAGCGGCAGUGACUACCAGACAGAGGAAGAUGAGACGGACAAUGCGAUUGACUUCGGCAAUCUUCUGCCGCGGGCACCUAGCUCGCAUCGGAAACACAGGAGCAGGAGUGCCCAUCCCCGUGAAGGCGGCAGCCACGACGACGAGGAAAGGAUGAUGGACAAGCUUCUGAGGCACUACAGCAAGAAGGGCAUGGAGAGGGAGGAGGAGCACAGGACAAGGACAAAAUCCCGGACCCCUCGCCCUCGAGCCGAUCACCCUGCUGAUGGCAACAAAGAACGAUCCAGCAGAGAUCACCCAGAAAGAGCCGUAUCUCUGCCCACAGAAUCUGACUCCCCAGUUGCGAAGCCGAAGACUCCUCCUCCUGCUCGGUCCAUGUCACUGCAGCCGGACACAACUAGGGGCAACGUGCACCCGAGAAUGCCGGACUUCGACGAACUGGCUGCGCGAAUCAGUGCUCUGAAGAGGGCGUGAGCUGCCUACCAUGAGUGUGUCUACGCUCUUGAGGCUUCAGCAAUCGGUAUUGUCCGUGUUCUAAUCGCAGCAUCUCAUGAUGCAGAUCACAUGAAUCAGAGGAUGAUCUCAUGAUGCAGAUCACAUGAAUCAGAGCAUGCUCUUCCUCGGUGGCCUUGUUUCGACCUUUGUUUCUUUCUUUUGGUGGUAUACUUGCUUGCAUUGCGUUGCAUUGCUCCCUGUGUGAUGUCUAGGUAGAUGAUUGGUAGGAGAAGUUGAAUGGGCGAUUGAUAGGCAUACCAUACGAUAUGUGCUGAAGUGGAUGUGGUUGUUCGGUGUACUCAUGUUCUCAGUUGUCGGAGUAUAGAUGCCGUUGAUGAGGCUAUAAUGAAGUGAUGAUUCUUCCUUC